AUGUUUCCUGAUUUUUGUGAUGGACAGCAUUCUGUUGAGAAUACUUUUUACAAGUAUUUUAUUCAAAGUUUAAUAUUGCUUUCUCUCCCUAUUUAUAGUUUUUGUUUAUUUGAGGGACGCUUUCUGCGCAAUAUUAUUCCAAGAAUUUACCAAACUGUAGUUAUGUUACAUAUUUGGACAAUUGCAGCGUUGUCAGCUCACCGUUACUGGAAAAUUUCUCGUCCAGUAUCCGCUCGUUCAAACGACACAAUUUUUAGAGCAAGAGUCUUGCUAGCGAUUUUGUUUUUAAUAAUUGUUGUCUACCGGGUUCCAUCAUUCGUAGUUGAAUUGCAAUGGAAAUGGAAUCCUAUUGUACGAAUACAAAAAAGGCCUGAAAAAACUGAGGUAUCAGAGUAUUAA